UAUUGUGUACGCAGCGCGGGUCGGUGGCGCGUGUAUAUGGGUCUUUCGUGAGGAUCUUCUCUCACGCGUCCAACGGCAGGGGUGCAUGAAUCUGCGUACCUGGCUAACCGGACACUUCGCGCGCGUACAAUGGAUCCGUCGAAAUUGAAAGUGGUGGAGCUGCGGGCCGCGCUGGCCGAGCGCGGUCUCGACACCAAGGGCAACAAGCCAGUGCUCGUCGAGCGGCUACGCAAGGCGCUGGAGGAGGAGGAGGAGAAGGAGGAGACCGCGACGACGACGACGACGACGCAGGAUUAUGAUCAGGAGAGAGCUUUGUAUGCAGAGAAUACAAGUGAGAAAGAGUCACAGGAGACAAUUGCGGAAGCCACACGAUCUUCGCAACCACCGAGGACGCCUAGCAGAGCGUCUAGAAGUUCCUCCAUGGUGACUCCUACAAAAGUUUCUACAAGAAACGCAUCGAGGACAGCUACAACUCCAAAUUCUUCAAAGCAAUCUACUCCGAGUAAACUUCAGUACAUUGAGAAAACGUGUGAGACGUUGCCGACAAUAUCAGAAUCUACUUCUGAGGAACAUGUAGUACAACACGAAGGAAUAUCAAAAUGGUCUCCUGAAAAGUCUGACGAGAAACAAGAGGACAACGCAUCAAAUAUUAUUCAGAAUAAGAUUCAUUCGCCAUUAUCUGUAAAAUCUCAGGAAGAAGAAGCUAAACAUGUUAAUGUUUUAGAAGGUAAUAAGUACGAAGCAAAUAUUCUCCAAGUACCUGUGACAGAAUCGUCUGAAAAAGCUAGUACAAUUGAAUGUGUAGAUCAAUUUUCUAUACCUCAAGAGGAGCAAGAAGCAAAACAAUCUAGUAUAGAUGAAGUUCACCAAGUUCAGCAAGAAACAACAAGCCUGGAGGAGAAAGCAGAAGUUAAGGAAGAUAUUGAUGCCGAUAAAGUGCAAGAUAUUCCCGAAAGGGAUAUCGACAAUAAAAGCUCGGUUGAAAAAGAGAAUGUGUGUUAUGUAGACGAUGCAUGUAAUGUUAAGAAUACUGUAAACAUUCCAGAAGUUGAACAACAACAUGUGAUAUCUGAUCAGGUGGACAAAACAAAUAAUGUCGAGUUAAAAGAUGAAGAAAAGAUUAUUAAUGACAAUUAUGCAGUACAAGAUGAAACAAUGGAUGUUUCAGUUAAUAUAGAAGACGUAGAUGAGAAAACGGAUAAUAUUCCACAAAAUGAACAGAUUACAGAAAUGUCUGAAAAAGAGCAAGACGAUGCAAGCAAGAUGAAUAUAGAAGAAUCAAACCAAAAAGAAUACAAUGACAGGAAAAGGAAGAGAUCUCCUAGCCCAGCAGAAGCCCAGCAGACAUCUCCUGUAUCACAGAAAGGAGAAGAUGAACCAGAUUUUGAUGAAUCAGCCAUGAUCUUAUCUUGGUAUGAUUCCGACUUGAAUUUGAUCAUCAACAAAGAAGGAUUUCUCUCCGCCACACCUAUGCAUAAUGGUGAUUUCUGCCACAUAUGGGCUGGCGCAAGAGCAUCUCACGGUUUUAUAAAUGGGAAAGUAUACUAUGAAGCCAAGAUUACAUCUUCCGUCACAAAAGACGAGAAGUACGUCCUCAGAAUCGGUUGGUCGGUUCCCUUCACGUCCAUGCAACUUGGCGAGGAGAGACUGAGUUACGCGUAUACAAGUGCUGGGCAAAAGGGCACCGACAAGAAGUUCACGGAUUAUGGCUCGCGAUUCGACAAGGACGACGUAGUGGGAUGCUACCUCGACAUGACGCCCGAGAACACCGUAGAAUUAUUUUAUACAGUGAAUGGCAAAGAUCUCGGAUCCGCGUUUAGCAUCUCUAAAGAGGAGCUCGGCGACAGACCGUUGUUCCCACAUAUUCUCAGCAAAAAUUGUACGUUCGUCUGCAAUUUCGGACAGGAACAGGAGGGAUGGUGCGAACAAAUUCCGGAUUACACUUUAGUAGGCAAUGUAGAAUCAAAGGACAGAAUCGCCGGUCCGCGUAGACCGGACGUAAAAGCGGAAUGCGAGGUGAUCAUGAUGUGUGGCUUGCCUGCGGCGGGAAAGACCACCUGGGCGAGGAAGCACGCGACCGAGCAUCCAGAUAAAUUGUAUAAUAUCUUAGCGCUUCGCAACUUGAUCGAGAAAACAGGAGACAUUGCUUUAUCAGAUCAAGAAAAGACUUGUCGGCGAGAAGUUAUUAUUGAUAAGUGCAAUCGUGCGCUCGAUCAACUGAUCGACGUGGCAAAUGGCAGAAGACGUAAUUAUAUACUAGACCAGAAGAGCAACGUGUAUUCUUCUGUGCAAAGGCGCAAAAUACGAACAUUCUGCGAGUAUCAGCGGAAAGCGGUCGUUGUCCUACCAACGGAUGAGGAAUACAAUCAACGUUUAUCUGCACAUGGUGCAAUUGAAGGAAAUGUCUCAGAGUCUGAUCUUAAAGAGAUGAAAGCAAAUUUCACUGCACCUUUGGUGGGAGAGAUUUUUGAUGAAGUGGAAUGGAUCGGACUUAACGAGGAGGAGGGCAAGAAGCUCAUUGAGAAAUACAACAAGGAGGGUAAGGAGGCUGGAUUUAGUCAGCAACCGUCAGCGACAAAACGACCUCGUCUUGACAAGACUGAGGUCAGUAGCAGAGAAAUGCGCGAUUCACGAAACAGUCGAGAUACGCGAGAUCAUCGAAGAAAUAAUUAUCAAGACAGAGGUCGCAAUCAACCUUGGCGUGGUCCUAAUAUGGGAGGUUGGAGAGGAGAGAGACCGCAAAGAGGUGGAUAUAUGAGGCACACUGGUGGCUACGGACCCCCUCAUACCCCAUGGAGACUACGAGGCCGAGGUGGACCCGCGAUGAUACGAGGAGUCGAUAGAAGAGUCGGCAGUGUUGACAGGAGAUUAGGAAAUGAUAGAAACCGAUCCGUCGCACCCAGGCAAGGAGGUUGGGGUUCUAUGAGCGGAAGUUAUCAAGGAUCACAGCAAUCCAGUUGGGGUCAACAGGACAAUUGGUCGAGUAGUCAAACCCAGGGUAAUUGGAAUCAACCAAGUAGUUGGGGUCAGCAACAAUGGGCAGGCGGUUGGAAAGGAUACGGUCAAAGUUCAUACAGCCAAGCGGGAUACAAUCAACAGGGAUACGGCAAUGGUAAUUGGAACAACUGGAAUCAGCAGUAUUACAACAACCAGUAUUGGGGCCAGCAACAACAGAGUGGUCAAACCACUGCGGCUGGCAGCCAAGCUGUAAGCAAACAAUAAUCCACCAUCGUAAAAUCUUACCGAGAAUGGAAACUGAAUGUAAGGAGAUUACAAGUGAAAUGGUUGCACCGACUUCUGCCAGUAUAGGAGCAGGAUAUAGCUAUUCGCAACAAUAACAAAAUCUUGAAUUGUCCGCUCACAAAAUACUGCAAUCAUUACGCAAGUCUCAUUCACAUAAAUAGAUAAAAGAAUUGACGUCACGA